GUAUAAAACCAAAAUAUUUAACUUCCCCGGCCUAUCACCACGAUGGCCAUCCGAGGGUUAUUGAGCUGUGUUCUGCUGUACACUGUGUUGGCUGGAUCUCAGGCAGGCUAUCCAGCGGAUGUACGUAUAGUCGGAUCUAAAUCUCGAGGACGUGUAGAAGUUCUAUACAACAAUGAUUGGGGCACAAUUUGCAGUGAUUUCUGGGACGAUAGUAGUGCGGUAGUAAUCUGUCGAUCUCUUGGUUUCGCAUCAGGCACAGCUCUUGGCGGCAAAGAAACUCCAAGCGGAUCUGGGAGGAUUUGGUUAGACGAGGUCAAAUGCAAAGGGACAGAAACCUACAUAGAUGACUGUCCCCAUCUACCUUGGGGAGUCAAUGAUUGUCUCCACGAAAGUGAUGCAGGAGUCGACUGCUUUUCCCCUUACCAGAUCGAUGUCCGAAUUACAGGCGGAAAUACAAAUGAAGGGCUGGUUCAAGUGAACUACAUGAAUGAAUGGGGAACAGUAUGCGAUGAUUCGUGGGGUGAUCAAGAGUCAACUGUGGUUUGCCGGAUGCUUGGUUAUAGUUACGGUGUUCGUGUAAUAAGCAGAGUUUCUGGUUACACCGGUCGAAUUUGGUUGGACAAGGUUGACUGCAAUGGACAAGAACUGUCACUAUCGGAAUGUUCUCACUACCCUUGGGGCACGGUAACUUGUAAACAUGGACAAGAAGCUCGAGUACGGUGUGUACAUCGUGAGUACAUCUUUGUCGUAUUACUAAUGCAGAUGCAUAUAUAUACACUCAAAUAUUUCUUAAUAACACAAAAGGGGUAUGCAAUAAAAGGUACUAACGUACCCAGAGGCCAAGGUCAAAUAUGGCUGUCGGAUGUAAAAUGCAACGGUUCUGAAGUAUCAAUCGAUGAAUGUACCCAUCCUCAUUGGGGUAUAAACAACUGUGAUCACAUGAGUGACGCGGGAGUAAGAUGUACCCAAGCUCUAUACCAGAAUGUUCGGAUAAAUGGCGGACAGUCGAAAGGCCGUGUUGAAGUCUUCCAUAAUGGCAUUUGGGGUACUGUCUGUGAUGAUUACUGGAAUGACAAGGCAGCAACGGUCGUUUGCAAGGCUCUGGGCUUCAGGACUGGUAGAGGCUUGCUAGGGAAGCACACAGUGGACGGUACAGGGAAAAUGUGGUUAGAUGACGUUAAAUGUACAGGAAAUGAGAAGAGUUUGGAUGACUGCACACACAAGCCCUGGGGUGACUCAGAUUGUUCACACAGUGAAGAUGCUGGAGUAGAAUGUUUUAAUCGUAAGUAAAAUUUUACUCAUCAA